CUGAAAAGUUCAAGAUAUCUCCUAUAAUGGCAGCCACACACAACCUUGGCAACAACGAACCAGGAUCCUUCUUCUCCAACAAAUCUGCCAAGAUCUUCGUUGCCGGCCACUGUGGCUUGGUUGGUUCAGCUAUAGUCCGCAAGCUCCAGCAGCUGGGCUUCACAAAUCUAGUUCUCCGCACUCAUGCUGAGCUUGACCUUACCUGUCAAUCUGAUGUAGACACCUUUUUUGCCACCGAGAAGCCCCAGUUUGUGAUCUUGGCUGCUGCCAAAGUGGGUGGAAUCCAUGCCAACAACACCUAUCCGGCAGAUUUCAUUGCCAUCAAUCUACAAAUCCAGACCAAUGUGAUCGACUCCUCAUAUCGACACGGUGUCACCAAGCUUCUCUUCUUGGGCUCUUCUUGCAUUUACCCAAAAUUUGCCCCGCAGCCGAUUCCUGAAGAUGCGCUCCUUACAGGCCCGCUGGAGCCCACCAAUGAAUGGUAUGCUGUGGCCAAAAUAGCUGGGAUCAAGAUGUGCCAGGCCUACCGCAUCCAACACCAUUGGAAUGCUAUCUCUGCCAUGCCCACCAAUUUGUACGGUCCCCAUGACAACUUCCACCCAGAGAAUUCCCAUGUGUUGCCUGCAUUGAUGAGGAGGUUUCAUGAGGCCAAGAUGCAGGGAGCCAAGGAGGUAGUAGUAUGGGGUACGGGCAGUCCCCUUAGGGAGUUCUUGCAUGUGGAUGAUCUGGCAGAUGCUGUGGUAUUCUUGAUGGACAGAUACAAUGGGUUGCAGCAUGUGAAUGUGGGCAGCGGGAUGGAGGUUAGCAUCAAGGAAUUGGCAGAGUUAGUGAAGGAGGUGGUUGGGUUUGAAGGGGCCCUUGUUUGGGACACAUCCAAGCCUGAUGGUACUCCUAGGAAGCUCAUGGACAGCUCCAAGCUUGCUGGUCUAGGUUGGACCCCAAAGAUUUCACUCAAAGAUGGUCUUGUUCAUACUUACCAGUGGUACUUGGAAAAUGUCCAGCAAUAAUGCAGGUGAUAACCUAUUCAUCCAAGUUCCACCUUCACCUUUAUUAUUUCCAUUUUUUGGUAACGGAGGGAAAUAAUUAUAUGUUGCUUCUGUGCUUUGCUAGCAUCUUUAAGGUUAUGAUGCCAGGUUGGGAUGGGUGACUAGCGAGAAAUUGUUAAUCAUGAUUCAUCCAAUUUACUAUUGUAUACUACUGAGUGAUUAUAGUUUUACUAUGUGUAUUUUUAGUUAUUUCAACCAAAAACAUGCGGGAUCAUAUUUGCAGAGGACCCUUGUUUGUGACGCUA